AUGCCGGACCGUGUACAGCGAAUAGUUCGAGUGCGUACAGGGUGUUGGACCUGUCGACGACGAAAGAAGAAAUGCGAUGAAUCACGCCCAAUAUGUGGCGGCUGUCAACGGAACCACUUAGACUGCUCGUGGCCUGCCAAUGUGCCCGGCAGACGAGAUUCCGCGCCAAAUGAUGCCAACUCGCCAACAUCACAGCGCCGACCGAGUCCUUUGCAAAGCAUUGAGUCCCCUGAUCGGAUCUUAGCUGGGAGAAGUCCCUCGUCGCGAGCGGGAUCCGUCUCGUCGAGCGCCCAGUCUGCCAGUGCUGACGCCGACCACCCGGUUGAGUCCCCGUUGCCUGUUGAAACCAGCCCUCCACGCCCGGUCUCAGUAACUCCUGCCGGGGAUUCACUUGUGUCGGCUUUCUCGAUGCGACAUGUGUUGCCGCGCAGUCUGUCCAUGUUGCCCGGUUACGAUGCCGAGUCUUAUCAGCUUCUCAGUCAUUACUUGGCCACCACAGCCGACUGUAUGGCGAAUGGCUCAACGCCUAUAAAUCCAUUCCUUGUGCAGAUUGUUCCGCUUGCAUUUUCAAGCGAUUUGCUUUUGCAGUUGGUCAUUACGCAGAGUGCCGCUCACCGCGCGUUUCGAUCGCGAGAUGAGUCUGACACUAUUGCCCACAGUCACUAUACCAAGGCUUUACAGCAUUUCCGUCGGGGAGUUACCGACUUUAUUGAUGGCAAAGAAUCAAACCCAUUGAUGCUCCUUGUGGGGGCGCUUUUGAUGUGUUUUACUGAGACAGCAAAAGGAGACAUGAACGGGACGAUUUUCGACCAUCUCUCCGCGGCAAACUCAUUACUGGUCAAAUUACUUGCGCAGAGCGACUCAGCCGUUCCGCGAGACUUAAAAGAUUUCGUCAUCGAAUAUUACACCUACACCGCGACCGUGAGCAUGAUCUCAAUCGAUGCACGGUACAGUGGCCAACUCUUCCUGAACCUCGACCUGGAAGAGCGAUCGCGCGAACUCCUGCGCACUCAAUACGUGGGCAAUCUUUGCGGCUGCUGGCUGGAACUACUACUGCUGAUCCCAUGCAUUUUCGAUCUUGGCCGACAGUGGAUCAUGGACGACGCGCAAGCCCCUGUUCCUACAGCUGAUGAUUUCGCCAUGUUCGCCUCUAUCCAAGCCCAGGUUUUGCGCUGGUCGCCUUAUCCUUCCGUCGGGCCGGAGGUCCAUGUUGCUGGCUUGAUUUUCCAACAGGCUAUUCUCAUCUAUUUAUACACAUCGCUUGAGGGAUUCCGACAUACGCCUGAUGGAAUCUAUAGAGGUUUGCUUGACAAUGCAGUCACAGAAGCAAUGUCAUACCUGAGCGAGCUCUCACCCAACGAACGGAUUAACUCCGGCCUCUGUUGGCCUAUCGCCGUGGUGGGUUCAUGUCUCGUCACUCCAGACCAACAAGCCCAACUCAGAGCGCGGUUAACUGCCAUGACUGAAGCAUUCGGUCUUGGAAAUAUGCAUCGCACACUACUCCUCCUCGAAGCAAUGUGGCUACUACCAAUGUCCGAAGCCGGGCCAUGGAAUAUUUGCCGGGCAAUGCAGCAAAAUCAAAUUUGGAUUUCCUUCGCAUGA